CAAUUCGCAAAAUAGGCGCGAUUUGGCACGCUUGAUUGCUUAAUUACGAUAGUCGCACGACAUGCUACGAACUUAGCCCGAGUGACGUCAAAGUAAAAUGAACAACAUUUCGCAGUUGGACGCUCUCAAGGAAGGCUAUACAUUCCGAUGCUUAAUUUAACAAAGUUUGCGCUCGUUUUUGGCACGAUUUUCGGCGCUUUUCUUUAGCACAGCGCAAUGGUGCUUUCCCAAAACGAUAGCAUUGAGUUUGUGGUAAACGAAAACGCUUUUCGUUGCUUAAAACAGCGUCAGAAACGGGUCGAAAGCUUAUAUAACGUCACUGUAACAAGUGACAGCCUCGAAGGCGAAUUAAGAUGGGUAAAAGUCAGCGGGGACGAAAAAUUACGCAUGAAAGCAAAGGAAUAUAUCACAUCAAUGGGAAAGCCGGAGCGCGUGAAAGUGAUCGAAAUCGAGCAAUUAUUUUGCGGACAAUUCGAUGAGGCGAAUUUGGACAAUCUUCUGUUCGUUUUGGAGCAAGAAUGCUCGGCAAAUAUUGUUCUGAUUGACAGGAGUUCUAUAAGAGUUUCGGGCAGCGCCAUUUCCGUAGGCAAAGUGGAGUCGUAUCUGAAUAACUCGGUAUCAAACAAUCAAAACAACGAGCUCGAACUGCCAUUGAAACGCGCUCGCCUUGAAAGCUGUUCCUCAGUAGAGAGUAAAGACACAGCUUCGCUGAGCGACGAUAUCUCUGCUUUUGACCCAGUCGAGGACCUGCUCGUGAGUUUGGGCGAAGAAGGCAACUACAGUGGUCUUAUGAGUUCCGAUUCUGGCGUAAAGGAGAACAUAGAUCCGAUGCUACAAGAAACUUCUGAAGAUUUCGCCGCGAAGCUGGGCUACAGCAAAGACCUCUACGCUCAAGCGGUGAAAAAAGUCGGAAAGGGAGCCGGUCGCAAUGAAUUGUUGAACGAAUUAGUCAAACUGAAAAACUCUAGAAAAGAGUUAAACGAAGAACCGCAAAAAGAUCGAGCCGAUAGACGAAGGACUUCUUGUUCGUCAUCGAUAACCAGUUCAAAACAACUUCGUCCGAUCAUUAUCGACGGUUCGAAUGUCGCAAUGAGUCAUGGAAAGCAAAAGAUAUUUUCGUGUAAAGGAAUCGAGAUCGUGGUGAACUGGUUCAUUCCUCGCGGACAUAAGUCAAUUUACGUUGUCAUUCCGAAAUGGAGGAAGGAAUCGCCAUCGGAAAGGAACAUAAUCUCUGACCAAGAAAUACUCAAAAUCCUCGAAGGCGCGGUCAACGUGGAAAUGAUCUACACGCCUUCAGGAACUUUCAAUCAGAAGAGAUUCGCUUGUUAUGACGAUAGAUAUAUCCUGAAAAUAGCUUACGAAAAGGAUGGAGUUGUCGUGUCCAAUGACAACUUCCGAGAUCUAUACCUUGAUGAGAAACCAGAGUGGAAAAAGAUAAUUGAGGAGAGAGUGCUGAUGUACUCUUUCGUUGAUGAUCUUUUCAUGCCCCCUGAUGAUCCUCACGGGAGAAAUGGACCGCAUAUUGACGAACUGCUGUCUUUUGGGCUUUCCUCCAAGACGAAGGUAUGUCACUACGGGCGGCAGUGCACGUACGGGCGGAAUUGCAAGUAUGGACACCCUGAACGCGAGGGGGAUAGUGUACUCCGGGACGCACCCUCGAAUUCACCGCGGCCUUACUCUGAACCUGUCCCUCUACCUGAUCUCAUGUGCGAGGAUUUCAAACGGCUCAGUUUACCCGAUUUGAACAGGAACCAACAACCUCCACCUAUUAUCGCCCGUACUCGGCAUGCGAACUCUUCAAUCCCACCUGAGAUACCUUCGAGAUCCUCAACUCAGCAACACCUUGCACCACCUCUCCCACCCAGAAGUAACUGUCUUCCUCCACGUGGAAUGCGAACGACCAACGAAAAUCGGUACGCACCCCUCCCUCUCCCAGUCGAUCCGAAUAUGUUGUACAUGAGACAGCAACAACCACGUCUUCCACCCAGACGAAACCAGACCCUGUCCUAUCACCAAGUGAUGCCCCUACCCCCGCAUGUACAGCAACAUCAAUAUUACAACCUCCCCCCACCAGGGGCGUUCAUCCCCAACAGUAACCCAAACCGUCGAGGACGAGGUGGUCCCUACGACAACCUCCCACCCAACGGUCAAAUGCCCGUGUACCCCCCGAGAAGCCACGCCAUAUACCAAGCCCAACAAAACUUCUACAGAUCCCGAGCUCCGCCUGCCGACGACAGCAGUGACGAAGAGAUGCCGAUGGUUCCCGAAGACAAGCAAGUAGAACUUAAAGCCCAACUCGUCGAAUCCGAACAUCUCCGAGGAUUCGUCAAGAAGAUGAAAUGUCGAGAGGUUUGAUACAAAUUAAUAUAAACGAUGAUCAAUAUUGCAUCGUAGGUAAAACUGAUCUUUUUCUCUCUCAUAUAUUUAAAAUUGUUUCUUUCCCUGUACACUAUUUCAGAGUAUUUAUAUUUUAAAACGGUUGCAAAGGUUUUAUCAACCAUGCAGUAUUUCCAUCCUAUGAACUGUUUCUACUUCCUCAUUGAGGGGAACAUUGGAAAACACGCUUUUCAAAAAAGUCAAACUUCUUAGAUAUUUGUUGACGAUUUGUGCAAUUCGAAUUCGAAAUUGUCUACAUGACAGAUAUUAACAUCAUGUUUUCCGGCUAACAAACGUAAUAUCCUAAUCCAGAUUACUAGUUUUGGUUUUUGUAUGAAAGAUUUAAAUAAGUAUAUUUGAAUUAAAAGCUUGUCUGAUGUGAACAUUAGUUUCAGCAGAAGAAGCUAGGUUUUCUAAACUUAAUUUUUUAAUUUGAUGGCAAAGUUUCGUCAUAUUGUUUACUCUUACAAAAUACUGAGCGGUCAUUCUUUGGUUAAUUAGGUAAUUGGUAAUUAGAACGCCGAAUUAUGGUACUUAGUAAGAAAAAAGUGACCAUGUUGCAUUUUUUUUCAAACGAUGAUUGAUUGGCUUCCUUCCGAAAUAUUUUUGUCUGUUUUUUAGUACACAGUGAAAUGUGUAAGAAUUUCUGGUUAAUCAUUUGUAUGAAAAUAAUCAGAAAAUCUCAGUAAAGGUCGUGUUGUUUAUAUAUUUUACAAAUAGCAUAGCUUAUUCCUGCAAUUCCAUCAUCGUAUAAAAUUCGUAUAAAUAUACCUUACUGUUCAUCCACUGUCCACGUAACACCAAAAGGCCAGCGAUGCAUGGGGCUAGUGGGUUCAAGCUGGAUAAACAGUAAGGAUUUGUACUCCGUUUACGUGUCUUUAGAACCACAUACAAAUAGAAUCCAAAAAUCGGGACGAAUUUUUAUAGAUUUAUAUAUAAAUAUAUAUACCUUACCAAGCUCUUCAUAAGAGUAUGUCGAAUGAAAUUCCUGAAUAUUGUUACACAAGACUUUGAACUCUCUAUUAUAAUAUAUAUAAUCGAUUUUUUAAAACUUUAUUAAAAGUAAUUUCAUAUGUAGGUCUUUUAUAAAGACCCAGUUCUUUAGUUUCUCUAGAAAGAGACUUUGUUGUAACUUGUAUUUAAAUUCGCCCAACUGUUGUAUUUGCAUUUGCGCAGGUUUUGUCAAAAUUUGUUUGGAAAAGUUUUAAAAAGAGAUUGACGUUUUUACUCUUUCGGGACGCAAGACUACCAGAUUUAUUUAGCAUUUCGAAAUCUUGCAGAAUACAACACGAAUUUUAAUGCAAGAAGGGUUCUUAUUAAAUUGUUACAUGCGAACUGUCUUGUAUAUUUUCUGCAAGAAGUAGUUCCAUUUUUAAAAGUGGGUAGAAAAUUGUAAAAAUU